UUCUGCCUCCACGCCGCGGCUUCGAUUAGCUUUAGCGCCGCGUUAGCAAAACAAGCUCGCGCUGCCAUUUCGCAGUCCGCCUGCUGUAGCGAGCUCGCGCGUCCCGCUCUCCUGAAGCCUCACUGCGGCGUGAGUUGCUCGAAUUCUCACUUUAAGAAGCUUCAGCCGGUCGUUUUAUGUGCGAGGGAUCGUGACAGAGAGACUGGAGCAGAGGCACCGGGAGCCGCAGAGAUUUGUGUCCCUGGACCUGUGCUCGUGUUCAUACAGCUGAGACAACGUCUCCACUAGGAAUAAACUUGGUGGGAAGAAGAGAAAGGCCCCCCCCCCCGAUCGAGACGAUUUCCACUUUGGUGUAGAAACACGCCGGUGCUGGAGCUGAAUCAUGGAGGCCAUUGCCAAGUAUGAUUUCAAAGCAACUGCUGAUGACGAGCUGAGCUUUAAACGAGGAGAGAUUCUAAAGGUAUUAAAUGAAGAAUGUGACCAGAACUGGUACAAGGCGGAGCUGAACGGCAAAGAUGGCUUCAUCCCCAAGAAUUACAUAGAAAUGAAAGCACACCCGUGGUUCUUCGGGAGGAUUCCUCGGGUGAGAGCAGAGGAGCUGCUGAACAAACAGAGGCAUGACGGAGCGUUCCUUAUCAGAGAGAGCGAGAGUGCGCCAGGAGAUUUCUCCCUGUCUGUGAAGUUCGGCAAUGACGUGCAGCACUUCAAGGUGUUGCGUGAUGGGGCAGGAAAAUACUUUUUGUGGGUUGUAAAGUUCAACUCCCUCAACGAGCUGGUGGAUUAUCACCGUUCAACCUCCGUCUCUCGAAACCAACAGAUCUUUCUACGUGACAUCGAGCAGGUGCCUCAGCACCCCACAUAUGUGCAGGCCCUGUUUGACUUUGACCCUCAGGAGGAUGGAGAGUUGGGGUUCCGUCGUGGUGAUUUCAUCCAGGUCCUUGACAACUCCGAUCCUAACUGGUGGAAAGGUGCAUGCCACGGCCAGACAGGCAUGUUCCCACGCAAUUAUGUCACGCCUGUCAAUCGGAACAUGUAAACAACAAAAUUGUAGAUCCCUUAUCUCCAAAAACACACAACCCUCUUCAGAUCAGCCUCAAUGUCCCCCUCUGCCCCUAACAGCCUGUGAUUUGCAGAGUGAAAAGAGAAAAAUGGAAACUGAAAAAAAAAAAGGAAAGAAAAAGGGUCAGGAGAGUGUGUUUCAUUUCUCCAGUGACAUACAGGCAAAAAAAAAAAAAAAAAAAUCAACCAACGCUGAUUCCUGAGAAUGAUUGAUUGCAUCACUAUGAACGCUUGCAACCAGGAUGUAAUGAGCUUACUGCAACACCACACAAACUAACACCACAACGAUCCUGUGUGUAGAUUUCCCCUCGCUCCUUCUGCCUCCCCGUCGUCUCUCUCUCAACAUUUUCUCAUCAUAGCGCGUUUUCUCUCCAUUACGUUUCAGCUGCAUGUUUUUAAUCACAUUGUAACAGGAAAUUUCGAAGCCGGUUUGUGUCCGAAAAUAAAGGAAAAAAAGGUUGAGUAAAAAGUAACCAUACAUAGAUGCAAUUUAAAAAACAAAACAAAAAAAAAAACAAUAAUCGAUGCUAGUAACAAAGUCUGAAAUAACAGGCGCAAGAACUUUGUACAUCAGUUUUUGGCCACGAACAUA